AUGAUUCUCGACGACUUCCGCUUGAAUUCUAGGCGUAGCAACACCGAUUUUAGUGGUGGCGGCGGCGGAAGUGGCAUCGGCCUGUUCCUCGGCCUGACGACAGCCGCCGUUGGUGGCACCGUCGGCUACGCCUAUUUCGACCCCGAAUUCAGGCACAAGCUUGAAACGAACGUGCCGCCGGUGAAGCAGGCCCUCGACGCCGUCCUGGGGCCCGCCCCUCAAAAGAUCCAACCACUUCCAACGACCCCCAACAAGCCCGCCCACAUCUUGCCCAAGAAGGAGGAGGUCCUGGCGCCGUUGGCCGUCCAUCAGCCACCGCCGAUGCAGAAGAAGAAGGCCGUAGAGGUUGACGCCGUCGAUAUUCACAAGAAAAGCCCCGAGCUCAACCACAUCAAGCCGAACGAGGAGGUGGCCGUCGCCAGGAAUAAGAAAUUGGACGAGCGCUUGCUGAAGGCACUCAAGACGGCCGAGGUCACCGUGCAGCGCGCGUCGGAGGCCAAGCUCGAGACCAUCAGGGCAAUCAACGAUCACGCCGAGCUGCUGAAGAAGACGGUCGACGCGGGGCAGAACGGCGACUGGAGCGAGGUGACGAAGGCGCUGCAACGAGUCGAAGCUCUCUCGGCUGUCGACUCGCGCACCGAGGUCGAGGGAAGGAAUCAAAUCGAUACGCUGCGAACGGUGAUCGCCGACGGCAAAUCCGACGCUGUCACGCUGUCGAAUCCGCUUUUGAUCAACACGCUCGAGUCGGCCAACAAAUUCCAGCAUCAGCUGGAUGAGCUGAACAAUUUGGCGCAUAAGGCUCGCCAAGAAUCCUCGAUUCUGAACCAAUACAAGGAACUCAUCGACCGCUCCCGCCAACAAUUCGCCCUCGAAGUGAAGAGCAUCCUCCCAUCCGUCGAUCUGGAGGCCAAGGGCAAGCAUCUCAACGAGGACGAGCUGAACGCCCUAAUCGCUCAUGCUCAUCUCCGCGUUGAUCAACUCCGUCGGCAGCUGGCUGAGCAACAGACCCGCGAAGAGCAGCACAUUGCCAAGGCGAUCGCUGACCAACGCGUUGCCGACGAGCGAAUCGCCCAGGAGAAGCUGCACAUCGAGCUUCAUCGUGUCAAGGCCCAACAAGAGGUGGCCGUCGAGAAGGAGGUCCUCACCAAACGGGGCAGCUGGGAGACCGAGCUGGAGGACAGGCUGAAGAGGGCCGCUGGUGCUCAUGCUGAACAUCUUGAACAGGUCAUCCGCACUCAACGUCAGCUCUUCGAGAUUGAGCACAACCAGAAGGUUGAGGAGGCUGUCCUCGUCGAGCGUGCCCACCACUCGAAAGCCGUCGGCCAAGCCCUAUCCCGCCUCGAGGGCAUCGAGACCGCCCUCACCAGCCGUGUCGCUUUGGACGCCGAAAAUCGACGGUCGAAACAAUUCUGGAUCGCGUGCCACAACCUGAUCGACACGAUCGUCCACGGGCAAAAGGCCGGCAAGACCAUGGAGGCAAGGAGGGCACCCCUCAAGGCUUCUCUCGACAUUCUCAACGAGGUGAACCCCGAGGAUGAGGUGGUGACGACGAUCGUGCACUCGUUCCCGAAACAGGCCACGUCUUCUGGUGUCUACACCGAGCUCGACCUCAAGAAUCGAUUCGACAAGUUGUACACCGUCGGGCGACGCCGCGCGUGGGUGGGCGAGAAUGGCGGCUCACUCGGGCGAUAUUUCUGGUCGUACAUCCGCUCUGUGCUCAGCCUCGAUCUACCAAUGCACUACACCCGUGAAGACAAAUUCGACCCCAACGUCCUCGACAAUUUGGAGUUGCUGUCGCGCGCCCGGUGGUACGUCGAGCAGAACGAUUUCCCGUCGGCGCUCAAGAUUGUCCAGCUGCUUCAGGGUGAGCCCCGCCUGCUGGCCCGUGACUGGAUCAUGGACACUCGUGCUCACCUCGAGACGCGGCUCCUCGCCGAACUUCUCGUCGCCCACGCCGCCGUCCAAUCGAUUCGCUCAACGUAC